UUUUAGCUUGAUCACGUGGUUAGCACAUUGAACAAUAGUGACAGGGAAAUAGUGUCACUGUGAAACAGUAGUGUGGAUUGUAAACAGAAGCAAGAUGCAUCGGAGUUAUAACUCAAUUUUACCUACUCAUAAUAGGCUUCUUCAAAAGAAAUGGGAUGAUACCUACUACAAUGAACACAGACAAAAGGUUUAUACAGCAAAACCAAUGGUUGACACAAGAGCUCCACCAACAUAUAUGCAUCUUCAUUUGAAACUUAAAAAGCUUCAGUUAGAAGAGGAAAGACUAGCCACAAUAGAAAGAGAUAAUAGAAUUUUACUAGAAAAAAUGUCCUAUAUAAUGAGAACUAGAGGAAGAGUUGAUAAUAGAAAUAAUUAUGAAUAUAGAAGUUUAAAUAGAGAAAAACGUCAACGAGAACUCUUACGAUUGACGAGAGAGAACCAGUCAAUAUUAGGUAGAAUUACCCAAAGGAAACCAGAAUACAGUGCAGAUUCAUGGGCUAGACAAUGGGAAGAUGAUCAGAAAUUCAUGGAUAACAUUUCUCAUUUUCCUAAAAAUUGGUGGUUAAUGAAGGAGGAUACAAAUGUACAGAAAAAAGGUAAAAAGAAAGAAAAGUCAACAGUUGACACAAACGAAAAGGAAAAAGAAAAAGAAGAUUCCAGACCUGGUUCAGCAGGAUCAACAAAAGUAGUAGAUGAAAAUGAAGAACAAAAAACAAAAGCAUGAGAGAGUGUAUUGACAUGAAUGUAAAUUGACAUUAAUUGAAUGGAUGAAUGAAUGAUGGCAUGUUAUUUUUCAUAAAGUAUUCUAAGUUGUGUCAACUGAUACGGCACUGACUUCAGUUGAGCUGUCUUUAACCAUAUAUGGUUACAUUAAAUUUCAUGUUUUAAUGAUUUAAGAAUUUAUAAUAGUAAAAUGUUCAACUUACUCAUUACUUGUAUAAAUUAUUUAUGAUAUUCUGAAAUUUCUAAAAGCUGGUUUGUUACAUGUAAAUUGUGUGUGAAUAGAAAUAGAUCAUUAAUGGAUGAAAACAUCUGGAAAUGAAAUUUUCAUAAAUCAUAUAUUAAGCUCAUUAUAUGGAUUUGCAGGGAUAGACUACACUGUAAUAUUAAAAUAGCACCAGGGUAAAUAGAUGUAUAUAUUAGCAAAAGUGUAGAAAUACUUCAUCAUAUCUAAUGCUCUUAAAUAAUUGGAAUAAAUAGAGCGCUUAAUGUAAAAAAAGGAAAUAGAUAGUCUCCAAUUGUAUCAUGAUAAAUUUAUACAAGUGACUAACUGUUUUAAUCAAGUUUAUAUUAAAUAAACGUAGUUUAAAUAUUUUUUUUUAAUUGUUUUAAUUCUCUACAAAAGAUAUUUUCAACAAUCAUUGUCUCAAAAAUCUCUAUUACAAUAUCCAAAAUUUCAUGUUAGUGAUCAAUUUUGAUCUUUAUACCAAAGAUAAAAUCAAUGCUUUAUUGGAACAAUUUGAAAAGUGCCUAAGAAGCAGAUUUUCUGAUUUUGUUUUUGCUUUUUACCAAAGUAUUAAAAUGUGGUCUUGGUGUUUGGAAGGUAGAUUGCUAUUAAAAUGAAAAUGACCAAAGUAACUAACUUUUUUACCAUCUGUUUAAAGUUUGUAUUUGUAUUUAUCUGAACUUUAUGUUGUAUACUAAAUUAGUAUUAUUUUUGUGCUGUGAUAUUGUUGUCAUCUUUGCUCAUAUUUAUUGAUGCUUUAGUUUAUUAAUUUGUUAGUUUAUUGUAAAUCAAACUGCUUAAUUUUAAGCAAAAAAGGUAUUUCUAUUUGUCUUAUGUUAUUUUUACACUAUUUUAUUAUGAUAGAUAAUAUAUUAUAUAUCUUAAAUUAUAAGCAAGAUUUUAUACACAAGCUUAGGGCGUUAAUAUACUGUCUUUAUUUGUUCAUGCAUAGUAAAAAAAAAUGAAUUAACUCAAAAAGUUUAACAUGUACCAAAUAUCAAAAGUACAAAAUAAUUGUCAAAAACAGGAAAAUGUUUAAAGAUACAUUAAGUGAAAAUGACUUGAUAUAUUCAUGACUUUAUAGUACAUGCAGUUUCCUAUGGAAAAUGAUAGGUUGAACAAAGUUUUAAACAAAAAGUAUAUAAUAUUAUCACAGGUUUCAGAAUUUGUAGAAUUUGACAAUAGUUAUACUUUUUAAACACUUAUACAUAAAAAAAUAAAAUAAUAUUUAGACUCUGACAUUGUCUUUGGGAAAUAUGAAAAAAAUAUGAAAUUUUGACUUUUUUAUACCUUUUUUAUUCUAAAUAUAUUUGAUUGAAUAUUGUUAAUAUAUUAUAGUAUGUCAUUGACUCGCAAUUGUGAUAAACUAACCCUAGCCAUAAAAGAAAGAUUUUUUUGUGAGUACAUUUUUCUCUUCAAAUUAUCUUUGUGCAAAAAUAAAAAUAAAUUUAUAUUGUGGAAAUAAGUAUUAACUCAGUAAUUUUUUACAAAAUAUAAUGACAUAUUUAUAAUUAUACAUAUCAUUCUCCAGUUAUAACAGAUUAUUUGUGUCUAUCUUCAUUGUACGACAUGUCCGAUACUCAGUAAUAUGUAUCGUGAUAUUGUCAACUGUAUGAUGUUUUAAUACCUGUAACAACUCGAGGGUGUAGAAUACUGCCAAUACAGAUGAACAUAUUGUUUGAAACCAUUAAGCUUUGUUCACAACUCAUAUUUGGAAUUUUGAUUAUGAAGAAAUAGAACAUAAAAUAAGAAAUUUUUGUAAUCUUUCCUAUGUAUAUUAUUAUGAACUUUCGUCUUUCAGAAUAUUUAUUUUUCAUGUGUAAUCAUAUAUAUUGGGAAGUACUACAAAGACAUGGAAUGAAUAAAGUAUAAAAUUAAAAACAUUCAGCUGGUAUGCAAUGCUGUAGCCUAUGUUUAUCAAUCCAUAUCUGUGUUUUAUUCUUUCAUGUUUGUCUUUAUAAAUUUUAAUAAAAACACAUUUUCUACAUGUA